UAUCCGGUACCAGACGCACCACUCGGAGUGGAGGAUGAGGACACCAGUAUACUCCACAGACACAAGAGGAACUGGGUGUGGAACCAGUUCUUCGUCUUGGAGGAGUACACAGGAGAUGACCCUCUCUACGUCGGCAAGAUUCAUUUUCUACAAGAAAAUCUCAGCAGGUAUUAAAGCCGAAUUCUUAACGUCUCCAGAAAAGACGCUACAAUCUCACCCAGCCUGAUCACAUGACCUCAUCUGAUGCAAACACCUGCGCUCGUAGACAAAACAACCAGCAGAAAUUUGUCCCUCUGGCGUUAAUUUAAUUUCCACCGGGAGGAAAGACGUACAGCAGAAACCGAGUAUCAUGUAGAAAUAAAGUUUCCCUAGAUUUUGUAAGCGCUGCCCUUUCCCCUUCGCUGACUCGGCUUUCUGCGGAGUGAAUUUUAUCAGUGCAAGUGAUUUCUUGCAGUGUUGCAAUGUUGCCACAUCUUGUGUUUACCGUCACAUUUACAAUCCCUUUCACAUUACACAGCUGCCAGUAGAACCGCUUGCUUUUGCUUCUUCCCUUUUUUUUUCUUUCUUUUUUUUUUUUUUUUUGAUAAACGUUUUUACCACCCGUCAUGAGACACGAGGGAUGGAAACAGCCGUAUUUGUUCCAGCUGGAACUACAACCCAGCUAAAUAAAAACUUGACAGGAGACAGAGGUUGUUUUUCUUUCUGUUUUAUCUCUGAGUGUCAUUAUUCUUCACUUUUCAGUGGAACGACAUGCUGUGCGGUCGUGACCUCGCUGGAGAUUAGAAGUUGAGAGAUAAAUAAAUUCAGCAAACGUGAACGUGACAUAUGAACACAUCUCUGUGGAUCUUACGCUACGACAUGUCGGACUUAUACCCUCGAACGGGGAAAAAGAUAACCUCAGGUGUAGCAAGACAUUCGGGCACGUAUUGUCCAUCAUGAUGAUGACGACGACGACGAUGAUGAUGAUGAUGAUGAUGAAGUUGCACUCUGACGUGGAUAAAGGUGAAGGCAGGAUAAAGUACGUCCUCAAUGGUGAAGGAGCCACCACCAUUUUCACCAUCGACGAGAACACGGGUGACAUCCACGCCACCAAACGCCUGGACCGCGAGGAGCAAGCCUACUACACCCUGCGUGCUCAGGCCCGCGAUCGUGCCACCAACCUGCCCGUCGAACCAGAGUCGGAAUUCGUCAUCAAGGUGCAGGACAUCAAUGACAACGAGCCUCGCUUUCCAGACGGACCAUACCAGGCGCAAGUGCCUGAAAUGUCUCCAGUGGGUACGUCAGUGGUGGAGGUGAAGGCGACGGACGCGGACGAUCCGACAUACGGAAACAGUGCCAGAGUCGUCUACAGCAUCCUGGAAGGACAGCCGUAUUUCUCAGUGGAACCCAAGACAGGUAUCGUGAGGACGGCGCUGCCGAACAUGGACCGCGAGGCAAGGGAUCAGUACCUGCUCGUCAUCCAGGCUAAGGACAUGGGAGGUCAGAUGGGCGGGCUCUCGGGAACCACGUCCGUCACCGUCAGGCUAACCGACGUGAACGACAAUCCUCCGCGCUUUUCACGAAAAUCCUAUCAGUUCAGCGUGCCCGAGUCACUGCCUGUGGCUUCCGUGGUGGCCAAGAUAAAGGCCUUGGAUGCAGACGUGGGCCCUAACGCUGAGAUGGAGUACAGAAUUAUCGAAGGAGACGGCCUCGGGGUUUUCAGGGUCGAGCCAGACAAAGACACUCAGGAAGGAGUCAUAACUCUGCUGAAAAGUCUGGACUUUGAAACCAAGUCGAGCUACACUCUAAAAAUCGAAGCGUCCAACAAACACAUGGAUCAUCGCUUCCGAGCGCAAGGGCCGUUCAGCGACACCGCCAUGGUCAGGCUGGUGGUGGACAAUGUGGACGAGCCACCCGUGUUCACUACGCCCGUCAGCAAGAUGGUGGUCUCUGAGGCAGCUAAAGUAGGCACCAUCAUUGGAACCGUUUCUGCCGUGGACCCCGACUCAACCAACAGCCCCAUCAGGUACUCGAUCGACCGGAACACAGAUCUGGAGCGUUUCUUUAACAUCGAAGCUGCGAGUGGAGUCAUCAGCACGGCCAAGCCUUUAGACCGAGAGACGAACGCCGUGCACAACAUCACCAUCCUCGCCAUUGAAAGCCUGGACCCCUCGCAGGUGGGGAAAGGAAUCACCCUGAUCACUGUGAUGGACGUCAACGAUAACGCUCCCAUCUUCGCCAUAGAGUACGAGACGUUCCUGUGCGAGAGUGCUGGACCAGGCCAGGUGAUCGAGACGGUGAGCGCGGUGGAUAAAGACGAGCCCCCCAGCGGCCAUCGCUUCUUCUUCUCCCUGACUGCCGAGGCUGCCGGGAACCACAACUUCACCCUGCGGGACAACAAAGAUAACACGGCGUCCAUCCUGACUAAGCGUGGAGGGUUUCACAGGCGAGAGCAGCCACUGUACCGUCUGCCUGUGCUGAUAGUGGACAGCGGGAGUCCGUCUCUCAGCAGCACCAACACUCUGUCCAUCCGGGUGUGUGAGUGUGACUCUGAUGGAGCUCCACAGGCCUGUGGCACCGAGGCUUUCCUCCUGACGGCUGGACUUAGUACCGGAGCGCUCACAGCUAUCCUGGCCUGCAUCAUGACACUGCUCGUGCUUGUGCUGCUGAUCGUGACGGUUAGGCGGAGAAAGAAGGAGCCGUUGAUUGUGGAUGACGAGCGCGAUGUGCGCGAGAACAUCGUACGCUACGACGACGAGGGUGGCGGAGAGGAAGACACCGAGGCCUUCGACAUGGCAGCCCUGCGCCAUCUGAACGCCACGCGAGAGAGUAAAACACGACGUGACGUGACUCCUGACAUGCCUGCCAUACCCACCUUGUACCACACUCGCCCCCCGCCCUACAAAAUGGCCCCCGAUAACGGCGUUUUCCGCGAGUUCAUAUGGGAGCGGCUGAAGGAGGCGGACGUCGACCCUUCGGCUCCUCCCUAUGACUCGCUCCAGACGUACGCCUUUGAGGGAAACGGCUCGGCGGCGCAGUCACUCAGCUCGCUCGAGUCACUCAGCACCGACUCGGAGCACAACUACGACUUCCUGAGCGACUGGGGGCCGCGUUUCAAAAAGCUGGCCGAUCUCUAUGGCCACAGCGAAGCCAGCAACGUCUUCUCCUCCUAGCCACAGGGUCGAUUCCCCAACAGAAAUGAAAACGAACAGUCACCGAGUGCCAAUGACUCACCGCUCCUCGAUAGAAGGCAGGAGGGACACGUUUUAUUCCGACAAAAAGGAUGGUGAAAAAAAUGAAAAAAAGACAACAUAAAUGAACAACCAGUAACAAAUGCCAAAAAUGGCAUGAUUCCCCAAAAGAGGUGGGAGGAAGAAUAAAAAAUAUGGAACAUUCGUAUGUAGGAGGAGAAAUAUUGGCAUUGAUUUCCCUCAGAAACGUCGAUAAUCCUCUCCUAGGACAGAUUGUGGAUUCUUACAUUGUGGCACUUGGAUUUAAACCUACAAUAAGAUGCCAGGCUCAGACACAGAAAGGAUGUAGCUGGGAUAAAGGGCAGAGGGUGGAGGCGUGCACGAGGGUCCUUCCUGGAAUUUGUUUUGCCGAGACUUUCAGAGGCGAGGCGGUGAUGAAUCAGAACAGUCCUGCCUGCCGAGCCAGAUCUGCUGCCUCGUAACCCGUGCUCUCCGAUGCUAUCUCAAUGUUUCUGUUCUCUCACAUAUUUCUAUGACUCACAGCUUCUUCAGCCACAAAAAAAAAAAAAAAAAAAAAAAUCAAUAUGAAUUAAGUCGCCGAAAUACUCCCGAAAGACAUAUUGCCUCGUGAGGUAAUGCAACUGUCGCUGUGUAAAAUAUCUUUUAUCUGACAUCAGGCUUUAGUUUCAUCUGAAAUAAAGCAUCAGUGUUGAUGAAAAAUAGCCAAACCACUGAAUUAGAAGAAAACAAAAAGAGGUUUCCGUGUAUAAUAACGCUUACUCGGGAUGAGAUAGGAGUCGUAGCAGGUGUUCUUCGGCUAGGGGGAAAAGUGUCUCGCUCGUUUUCUUUUGUGCAGCAGGAACAUUGUAACGAUGUGAAAUUGAAGGAUUAAACCUAUCCAUCACAUCUCUCUCUCUCUCUCUCUCUCUCUCUCUCUCUCUCGCGCUCUCGCUCUCUCUUUCUUUCUAUUCGACUCCGAAAAAACAAAUGUGUUUAUAGCGUCAGGUUCUGCCUCAUGUACUUUGUACUGUAAGUACGUUCUGGAUGAUUGUUGUGCAAGUUGUUUUUUAAGUUUUUAGAUUUUUUUUUUGUUUUGUUUUGUUGUUGUUGUUUUUUUUUCUACAUGAAACCAGCCAAGCUGUUGCAGACGUGAGGCACCUCGGAACUGAAACGUUGUUAACACACAAAAUGUCCAUUCUGUCUUACAGCUUCUCUCCUUUUCGAUUGUGAACGACUCGACAUGAAAACGUGAUUUGAAACUACGCUUUGAAAUAUUCUUCAUAUACACCAUAAUUGAAAUAUGGACUUAUUUUGUACAGUCGUAAAAAAAAAAAGUAAAUAAAACAAAUGCACAGCUUCUUUUUAA